GGGGAGGAGAGUAGGGGCUGCAGCCUGAACCAAAGGGCUUCCAGGGAAGGCGGGGCUGAGGCUGCAAUCUGUUGUUAUUUUUCUCUUCGUGACGAGGAACGUAAAAGUGUGCGCUUCUGCGCUUCUCCAGCACGAGUUUAGUGGUGGUGGUUUUCCCCAGGAGUGCGGUAGAAUAAAAUGAAUAACCGUAUUCACAUAUACUUCCUCACCCUCUUGUCUCUCAAGGCCAAUUCAAGGGCUCUUGUUUGUUUUUUUUUUUCUUCUUUUUGGAAGCAAUUAGCAGAUGAAUGUCUGAGCCAUGCAGUUCGCGAACACCUGCUGCUGGAUGCAGCCUUGCCCCUGGGACAAGGGCUGCUGUGUGUUUUCUGCCAUCUGCAAGCUACCUCGAGGAUCACGCGUUUGUGCUGGUGCACUUUUGUGCAGCAAUAAGGCACUGGCAGCAUCUGCCUGCAGGAGCGCCGUGUGCGUACCGAGGGGAGAGGAUCUCAUCAGCUGCAGAGGGUCCUUGCUUUCAGUGACCAGUAGCAGCUUCUGAUCCACGGAGCGUUUGUGCACUUGGAAAACCUUGCUGCCGGGGAGGCUUUUAGUGCAUCGUGGACACAGUGGUGCCACCAGCUCGGGGCCUGCGCUGCUGGGGCCGGUCAGCGCGUACCCCGGCAGUCCUUGUGCUUUGGUGAGGCCCGGCGGCAGUGCUGGGAGCUGUGGUGCAAGGGGUGGAGCGCGGCCGCUGUGCCAUAAAUAGAUCCAGCACGCCGAGAUCUGGGCACGAAGAUUGGGUUGCUAUGGAGAUUGAGCUGAAUCAGAUUACCUGCGGCUCUGCUUUUACAGCUUGCACAUAUGUGGUGGCUGCGUGGUCUCGCGUGUGUGGCAGGCUGCUGUACCCAGGCUGGAGCCGGGGAAAGCAAGGAGAGAAGCAGCUGAAGGGCCGGCAUAUGCCAAAUCUGUUACCAUAGCAACCAAGAACCGGAGCCAGGCUGGCUUCAGCCUUGUGAUGCUGUAGAAAGGCUCCUGUCUCUGCCGUGUGAUACUUCUGCUUGUGAGCUAAUUCUGGUUGCGUUAAGUCUCUAUGCAAGCUGCCUCCAUUUUGCUGGAAUACUGCUGUGCAGACUAAAGAUGUGUCUGUACUGUGUCAGGCAUGUUUUCAGUAGGGCAAAGAGGUAUUAUCACUCUGCAGCAGGAAAGGAGGAAAUCUGUGCAUUAUUCACAUUCUUCCAAAGAGCUUCUGACAGUGUCUUUCUGCAUCUCCAAAAACUGUUUUCCCACUUCAUUCUCUUAAGUUUUUUUCAAUUCAGUUUAGCAUGUCCUUCUCCUCAGCCUUUAUGGAUAUGUGGAAAGUGCAGACAGUUGGGGUGCAUCUGCUGCUUUAUCCAUAAGGAACUCUUACUGACUCAAGUGAUGCUGUCCUCUGUGAAGGAUGCUUUUAGGCUGUGCCUGUAGUCCUCUGCUGGGCUGUUUCUGAGACACACAACUACUGCUAGGUGUUUCACAGGGCACCCCCUUUACUGUAGGCUACCCGUGCUAGAUUAAUAUACUAUCAUCAGUUUUAGGUAGGUUUGCACUACUUUGAAAAUGCCUUUUUUUCUCUCUCAGUUGUGCCAAAGUGCUACUAUCUGUUUAAGAGUCAUGCGCUGCUAUCUUGGCAAGGUGAAUGAACAAAAAAUGAAGCAGCUGCACCAGUAUAGCAAGUCCAUCCAGAUCUGACCUCAGAAAUUGUUCCACCUUCCGUCAGUCUCUUCCAUCAGGCUCAGGAGGAGGAGGUGUUCUCAGCCCGUAGAAUCUAGAAUCAUAGAAUCUUUGAGUUGGGAGGAACCCUGAAAGGUCAUUUAGUCCAACCCACUCCUCUGUGAUGAACAGGGACACCUACAGCUGCAUUAGGUUGCUCAGAGCACCAUCCUCGCACGUCCCCACGGACAAGGCAUCCACCACCUCUCUGGGCAGCCUAUUCUAUUGCCUCACCACCCUUACUGUAAAAAGUUUCUUCCUUAUAUUCAAUGUAAAUCCAAUAUCUAAAUCUCCUCUCUUUUAGUUUGAAACCAUUUCCUCUUGUCCUUUCAGCGAUGCACAGCAACAGGACAAGGGGAAACAGCCACAAACUGAAGCACGGGAAGAUCCACGCGUAUGUGCCUAAGAACUGCUUCACAGUAAGGGUGACAGAGCACUGGAAUGGCUGCCCAGAGGGGCUGUGGAAUCUCCUUCUCUGGAGAAAGUCAAGACCCUCCUGGAUGCCUACCUGUGCAACCUGAUGUAGGGAGCCUGCUUUGGUGGGGGCGGUUGGGCUCAAUGUUCACUAGCGGACCCUUCUAGCCCCUACAAUUCUGUGAUUCUAUCACAGCAGACUUUGCUAAAGAGUCUUGAUUUCACAGUAAACAACAUGCUAUGGUUCACUAUAGAUCUGAACUGGGUACAGAUUGUCUUGGCUGGGUAUAAAUAGAAAUUCGAGAUGUUCCAGUGACAUUUUAGAACUGAGAAUUUUGUUCCUUCUGGACAUGGUUUGAAAUCUGGUCUUUUUCAAGAUAACAUUUCAGUGAACCAAAAUUCCUAUGGCUUCUGUCCUGCAAUUUUCACUUUGUCCCUCACAGACGUCCUCUUCUUUGGUCUUAGAAAUUAAUGUCCCACUCUGUUCUCUUUACUUAUGCAGUCAGUAAAUUGUAUUGUCUGAUGUUGCUUUAUAUUCUAAGAUCCAUACAGUGCUGAAUUGUGAGGUGCAUUUGUUGUACCAGGUGAAAGCUGGAAACAAUGGCAGGACAGACCUCAUUCUGCUACCAUUCUGGACUGGGGCACUUGGAAGGCAGGGCUUUGCAUCUGCCUGUUGCAAAAUGAUCUCCUGCUAGCUUCAUAUUAUUCUUUAGAGCAAACGUAUUUAAAUUCAUGAAAACUUUCAUAUAGGUGAGUGUAAGACUGGGCUGUCAAAUCUGGAUUUCACAUUAUUCAUUGGCAAAUUCCUCUGUUCGUUGACUUUGUUCCUGUAGCUCUGUGUCUGCAAAUAGAAGACACUUACAAGGGCUGGAGCCUCUAAUGUGUAGAUGAGACAAGGGCACCACAUUAAUGUCUGUGAGGACUAGUGCUGGAUAUUGGUCUGACACAGAUGUCUGUGGUCUGAUAAAGAGUCUUCUGCAGCUUUUCUGUGCUAUUCUGUCCAUCCUGUGGUGUGAUGCAUUUCCUGUUGCGUGUCUUUAUAUAAACAUUUCUUUCUGGGAUGAGCUUGCAGAAAUAGGAGUGUUGUUUUGAGCACUUCAUGUCCCCAGUUACUGGAGACCAUGGAUUAGUGCCUGCUCUGGCCUUUGUCUUUGAGUCUGGUCACCCUUGUCAGUUUGCACCAAUUCCUGAGUGUUGCUGAUGCUUCUGCAGUAUGCGGGUAGUGCUCAUCCUGACUAAACUGUCCUUAUGAGUGCUUGGGUAAACAGUGCUGAUCCCUGCAACGUGAUGGGUUUCUGCAGUAGCUUUCCACUGUAGCCUUCAUUUCUGCUUCUCCCUUCCUUUAGCUGCAGCGAGUUUCAAGCACUGCUUGACAAUUUGUCCUUCCAAAGGCUGGAUAUUUGUACAGAGAAAAGCACACCACAGGGGCCCUGCUCAGAGAGAAACAACUCAGAGUUAAAGCAGCUUGAGAACAGGACAUCAUGUCAAAGCCUAUACCAUCUCAGGGUCAAGGUAUUCUCAGCUCAGGUUCCUAUGGUAAUGUGAAAGGGGAGAAGUAGGGUAAACAACCAAAAGAUCUUCAUCAAUCUCUUUCUGUUCUAAUGUGCUUAGUGCGUAAAAUCCAGAGGAAGGAUAGUAGCAGAUCUGAGGAAGAAACUACUUUACCUCAUUGCUUGUAGAGAAGUAAGCUCCCACCUGUAGUUGUGCGGUAAUACUUGGCUGCAUGCUCCCAGUGCGUGAGCACUUGGGUGGCUGCUUAGUAAGAACAGAAGUGACGUGGGCAAGGGAGGAGAGAGAAGUGUUAGUUUUUAUUCGUAUUGGUACCCCAGUCUGAUUUGUCUUGUCCCUGCCUGAGCACUCAUACCUGCACAAAGCAAGGGAUAACGCUGGGCUGAAAGCAAGGUUUUGGCAGAUGCAGGGAGAGACAGGUCUGUAGUGCCUCUUCGUGUUGGCUUCACUGAGUCAGCUGUGGAGUCUGGCUGCAACCAGGAACAGGAAGGUUGAACUUGCUGGACAUUUCCACGUGAUUUGCUCCCUGGGGCAGUUGCUCACAGCUGACUGGACAACGGGCUGCUGGGUUGAUGAGCAGCAAUUCACUGAGAUGACAUAGGAAGGGGUCAAGGACAAUGGUGCAGAAAAAGAAAAGCUGCCCUCGGUUACUCGACUACCUUGUUAUCAUCGGAGCCAGGCAGCCAAGUAGUGAUAGUGUUGCUCAGACUCCUGAGCUGCUACGACGUUAUCCUCUAGAAGACCACGUGGACUUUCCUCUACCACCUGACGUUGUGUUCUUCUGCCAGCCAGAAGGAUGCCUGAGUGUGCGGCAGAAACGCAUGAGCUUCCGUGAUGACACUUCUUUUGUCUUCACACUCACAGACAAGGAUACGGGUGUCAUUCGCUAUGGAAUCUGUGUCAACUUCUACCGCUCCUUCCAGAAGCGAGUACCCAAGGAGAAGGGAGAAGGCACCGGAGGACAUCGAGCUCGGGAGGGACAGAAAAUCGCUAAGUCUGGGGAUACGUCUGCACCCCAAGAGGAUGUGGGCACUGAGAGUUCAGAGAGUGGUUCUUCACUGCAGGCCCCAAGUACAGAGCCUACCCCAGAUGUGAAUCGGUCGCCACACAGUAAGCGUCUGGCCAAAGGCAGCCAUCGUUCUCGAAACAGCACUCUGACUUCUCUGUGCAUCCUUAGUCACUAUCCUUUCUUCUCCACCUUCCGCGAGUGUCUGUACACCCUCAAGAGACUUGUGGACUGCUGUAGUGAGAGACUGUUGGGCAAGAAGCUGGGAAUUCCUCGUGGGGUUCAGAGGGAUACAACGUGGCGAAUUUUCACAGGCUCACUCCUGGUGGAGGAGAAGUCCAGCACACUGCUACACGACUUGCGGGAGAUUGAGGCCUGGAUAUACCGGCUGCUGCGUUCGCCAAUGCCUGUCGCUGGUCAGAAGCGGGUGGACGUGGAAGUUUUGCCACAUGAAUUGCAUCCAGCUUUGACCUUUGCUCUUCCUGAUCCAUCCCGCUUCACCUUGGUGGAUUUUCCAUUGCAUCUGCCUUUGGAGUUGCUGGGAGUGGAUGCCUGUCUUCAGGUGCUGACCUGCAUCCUUCUGGAGCACAAGGUUGUACUGCAGUCUCGGGAUUAUAAUGCGCUCUCAAUGUCUGUGAUGGCCUUUGUGGCCAUGAUCUACCCAUUAGAAUAUAUGUUUCCGGUGAUCCCUCUGCUUCCCACCUGCAUGGCCUCUGCAGAACAGUUGCUUCUAGCCCCUACACCUUACAUCAUUGGUGUUCCAGCAAGUUUCUUCCUUUACAAACUAGAUUUUAAAAUGCCUGAUGAUGUAUGGCUUAUUGACCUGGAUACCAAUAAGGUGAUCGUUCCCACAAAUGCAGAAUCUUUGCCAGCACUGCCAGAACCAGAAGCUUCAGAGCUGAAAAAGCAUCUGAAACAGUGUCUGGUUAGCAUGACUGCAAUCACUCAGCAACAGCUGCUCACUCCUGACAACAAGGCACUGGCCAGCAUGAGUCUGAAUACUCAGCCCAUUCUUAAUCUAGAGAAGUUCCACGAGGGGCAGGAGGUGCCACUGCUGCUGGGAAGACCACAGAAUGAUUUACAGUCUACUCCCUCCACGGAAUUCAACCCUCUGAUCUAUGGAAAUGAUGUAGACUCUGUGGAUGUGGCUACCAGGGUUGCUAUGGUGAGAUUCUUCAAUUCACCAAAUGUUUUGCAAGGAUUCCAGAUGCAUACUCGCACUCUUCGUCUUUUUCCACGACCAGUAGUGGCCUUCCAGGCAAAUUCCUUUCUUGCUUCUAGGCCAAAGCAAACACCUUUUGCAGAUAAGCUUUCCAGGACGCAAGCAGUAGAAUAUUUUGGAGAAUGGUCACUCAACCCUACUAACUAUGCUUUCCAAAGAAUUCAUAACAAUAUGUUUGACCCAGCACUGAUUGGUGACAAACCGAAGUGGUAUGCUCACCAGCUGCAGCCCAUCCACUAUCGUGUCUAUGACAGUAAUUCACAACUAGCUGAAGCACUGAAUGUUCCAGUAGAAAAAGAAACGGACUCUGACCCCACUGAUGACAGCAGUGGCAGUGACAGUGUCGACUAUGAUGACUCAAGUUCCUCCUACUCUUCCCUUGGAGACUUUGUCAGUGAGAUGAUGAAAUGUGACAUUAAUGGCGAUACUCCAAAUGUUGACCCCCUGACUCACGCAGCCCUUGGUGAUGCCAGUGAAGUGGAGUUCGAUGAUUUUCAAGAAUAUUCAGGAGAGCUGGAUGAACAGGCCAUGGACAGCGAGAACUCCCAAGAGAACAAUCAGCCUCGUUCAAGUUCCAGUACUACAGCCAGUAGCAGCCCCAGUACCGUCAUCCAUGGAGUGAAUCAUGAGUCUGCAGAUUCAGCAGAGAUGGAGGAGAAGCUAGUUGCCGGAUUUUCAAACCAUCUCCCUUCUUUGCCACUGCAACCAAGCUUUCCCAAGAUGAGCUUUGAUCGUCGUGAGAGUGAUAGCCCAGCUGUCAGCAUGAGCUCCUCAGAAGGGGUGGUGAGGAAACGAGAGUAUGAUAAUCCAUACUUCGAACCACAGUAUGGUUUUCCUACAGAGGAUGAAGAUGAUGAGCAGGAAGAGAGCUACACCCCAAGAUUUAACCAGAAUCUCAAUGGAAGCAGGUCUCAGAAGUUACUUCGUCCAAACAGUUUAAAACUGGCCAAUGAUUCUGAUGCAGAUUCAGACUCCAGGGCCAGCUCUCCAAACUCUACUGUCUCCAACAACAGCAGUGAAGGUUUUGGGGGCAUCAUGUCUUUUGCAAGCAGCCUGUACAGAAAUCACAGCACAAGUUUCAGUCUGUCCAAUUUAGCCCUGCCAACCAAAGUUGGGAGAGACAAGAAUACCCCCUUUCCUAGCCUGAAAGAUUACUUUAAUCUGGAAGUGGGAAGGGAUGUGAAUGAAGUAUUUGGGUUAAAUACUAUAAUGGAGAUUAUUACUGAAGCUGGCCCAGUAAGCAAUGAAGGAAACAGGAGAGCCCUGGUGGAUCAAAAGUCUUCAGUCAUUAAGCAUAGCCCAACAGUGAAGAGGGAAUCUCCAUCACCUCAGGGACGAAGUAGUAACUCCAGUGAGAACCAGCAAUUCCUGAAGGAGGUGGUACACAAUGUUCUCGAUGGGCAAGGUGUUGGUUGGCUGAACAUGAAGAGAGUCCGACGUCUGCUGGAGAGUGAGCAGCUCCGUGUCUUUGUACUAAGCAAGCUAAAUCGCACGAUCCAGUCGGAAGAAGAUGCUCAGCAGGAUAUCAUACAGGAUGUGGAGAUCAGCCGCAAAGUUUAUAAAGGCAUGCUGGACUUGCUAAAGUGUACUGUGCUGAGCCUGGAGCAGUCAUACGCAAAUGCUGGCCUGGGAGGCAUGGCCAGUGUUUUUGGCCUUCUAGAAAUAGCACAUACUCACUAUUACAACAAAGAACCAGAAAAGAGAAAACGAAGCCCAACAGAUGGAUCUGUCACUCCGGUUGGCAAAGAUCCUGCAUCAUCUCCAAGAGUGGAGCCGAAACCUGCCAUGCAGCUGCCAGUACCACAGCUGAUGCCGAAGGCACCAAGCCCUGCAGGGAAAGGGCUAAGGGAGUUUGAUACAAGGAGUCUAAAGGAAGAAAAUUUUAUUGCUUCCAUUGAAUUGUGGAACAAGCACCAGGAAGUGAAAAAGCAAAAAUCUUUGGAAAAAACGAGGCCAGAAGGUGUGAAACAUCUUGAUUUGGGAGAAACAGAUGAGAAAAAAUCCCAAAUCAGUGCAGACAGUGGCCUCAGUUUGGCCUCAGGUUCUCAGAAGAGUGAUUUUGACUCUGUUCCCAGUGGAGGACCGUCAGUUAUGGUCCGAAGUACCAGCCAGGAUUCUGAAGUUAGCACAGUGGUUAGUAACAGCUCUGGGGAGACACUAGGAGCAGACAGUGACUUGAGUAGCAAUGCUGGUGAUGGCCCAAGUGUGGAAAAUGGAAGCAAUCUGGCAGGAUCCAGGGGCACCGUGUCAGACAGUGAAAUUGAGACAAACUCUGCUACUAGCUCUAUUUUCGCAAAGUCUCAUAACUUGAAGCAGAAUGUAAAGGAGAACAAAGGCAGUACUGCAGGGAAAGGUCCAGAGGAUGGGAACCAGCGUGUCUAUCUCUAUGAAGGACUUUUGGGUAGGGAUAAAGGAUCUGUCUGGGACCAGUUAGAGGAUGCCGCAAUGGAAACCUUCUCUAUGAGCAAAGAGCGCUCAACACUGUGGGACCAGAUGCAAUUCUGGGAAGAUGCCUUUUUGGAUGCUGUGAUGUUAGAGAGAGAAGGAAUGGGGAUGGAUCAGGGACCCCAGGAGAUGAUUGACAGGUAUCUUUCCCUGGGAGAACAUGAUCAAAAACGUUUGGAGGAUGAUGAGGACCGCUUAUUGGCUACGCUGCUACAUAAUAUGAUUGCUUAUAUGCUUAUGAUAAAGGUGAAUAAGAAUGAUAUUAGGAAAAAGGUGCGUCGUCUGAUGGGAAAAUCGCAUAUUGGAUUGUUGCACAGCCAGCAGUUAAAUGACAUCCUAGACAAGCUUGCUAACCUGAAUGGACGGGAACUUCCUGUGAGACCCAGCGGCAGCCGCCACAUCAAGAAGCAGACUUUUGUAGUCCAUGCUGGGACAGACACUACAGGAGAUAUAUUUUUCAUGGAGGUUUGUGAUGACUGCAUUGUGCUGAGAAGCAACAUUGGAACUGUGUAUGAACGUUGGUGGUAUGAGAAACUCAUCAACAUGACUUACUGUCCCAAAACAAAAGUUCUGUGUCUCUGGCGGAGGAAUGGUCAGGAAACACAACUGAACAAGUUCUACACAAAGAAGUGUCGGGAAUUAUACUACUGCGUAAAAGACAGCAUGGAGCGAGCAGCAGCAAGACAGCAAAGCAUUAAGCCAGGCCCUGAGUUGGGUGGUGAGUUUCCUGUGCAGGAUAUGAAAACUGGCGAAGGAGGUCUUCUGCAGGUGACACUGGAAGGAAUUAACCUGAAAUUUAUGCACAGUCAGGAGCGGAAGGUUUUCAUAGAGCUGAAUCACAUUAAAAAGUGCAAUACUGUGCGAGGAGUCUUUGUCCUGGAGGAAUUUGUUCCUGAAACUAAAGAAGUGGUGAGCCACAAGUACAAGACGCCAAUGGCUCACGAGAUCUGCUACUCCGUACUGUGUCUCUUCUCUUAUGUGGCUGCCAUUCGUGGGAAAGAGGCAGAAAACAAAAGCAAACCACCUCGGCCAGUUUCAAGUUGAUCAUGAUAUUUGGAAAUACCUACCCUGUGGCACACUGACGUGCAGUAUUUCCGUUUUUACUGCAAUUACUUGAGCUCACUUUCCUGUCUUCUAUGAAAACUUGGUUAUUUAUGUAUGACCCUGCAAGUCUUUCCCCAUAGAAAAAUCUAAGACUUCAUUGCUCAGUCUCCUUCUGAAUUCAUCCUUAGUGGAGUUUUUAUAUGAGCUGUUCAUCAGACAGUUUGAGCAUCAGCAUCCAGCUGCAAAUGGCCUACUUUGGCCAUUCCUUGGAAUCCUUUUUUUUUUUCUUAAGAUGAUUAAUAUGGCUUCAGUUCAGUUGGUUUUUGUUUCUAGUGGUAUUUGUUCCAGACUUAUCCCUUUACAACUGCAGACUUCUGCUUUCCGAUUCUCUUGUGUGCAGUGAAAGCAGUCUGGUCCUGCACAUUGUUUAAAUGUAAUGUUUUUUAUUGUUUUCCUUCUAUGUUGUUCACUUUUACCCACCAACAUGGAGCUCUUGAUAUAUAGUUCUUCAAGCCCUUUUGGUAAAGAUGAUCAAUUUAGCUACUAUAGUCUUAAAAUAUCACGUGGCAAUUGCAGUUUGGUUAUUAAAUUGGUCUAUCUGUGGAGAUGGCUGCUUCUGAAGUGGGGAAAAAAAGAAAGGAAAUUUGAAAGCAACAUAUCAUGAAAACCCCUGACAUCCCUUAAAUUGUGUGGAUUUUAGAUUGGAUGGGAGUUUGGAUAAUGUUUGUAGGCAUCCCAGCAAUGUAGCCGAUAGCAGUUAAUCGCAGGGACCAGAAAAUGAAAAAGGAAAUGUAUAACUUGGAAGCAUUAUUGGCAGAAGCUCUUGUAAUGUACCAAUGUAAUUCUGGAUUUGUAACUACACGACACUUCCAUAGUAACGUGCGGAAUGUGCUCAGAAGCUCAAAGGAUUACUCUGUCUCCAAAAUUUUUAAUCUAUUGCUUUUUUUCGGUCUGUACUUCUGUAAAUCAAGGAAUCUCUCAAAUACUGUGUUAAUGUGUAAUGAAACUCCCUCAGUUAAUACUACCCAUCGCAUUCCUUAUUUUAAGUAGACUGAAUAUGAAUGUUUUUUGCAUCCUGUUUUUGUUAUUGAACUAUACUGCACUUGUCUGGAAAGCUCUCAGGAUGCUGGAAGGUGAGACUGUCUAGAGAAAAAUAAUACUUGUGAUACACCUGGAAAAAUGCUCUUGAUGCAAACUGACGUAUUGUAUGUUUUAACCUAGGAUUCUGAGUAAAUGAACCUGGAAAUAACCCUGUUUUGGCUUGGUCAGGGAUCUACUAUUUUGAAUGGAAUACACUAGUAAUGAGUGAGGAAAUAUGUAAAUAUUAUAGUACAACAUCUAUUUAUAGAAACUGUACAGCUGUCUGAAUGUGAAAAUAAAAUGUCAUUCAACCA